CAUACACAUACACACACACACACACACACGCACACACAUACACACACUCACACUCACGGUCCAGCCCCGGCGCCCUCCCUGCACACGGGCAGCGGCAGCCGCCAGCGCCAGCGGCUCCGAGCCCGGCGGCAGCAGGCAGCGCUGCCAGCUGCGCCCACAGCUGGGCCGGGAGGAGAGGAGCAUCCUCCGCGCCGCCCGCAGGACAUGGUCAAGGUUACAAAGGGAACAUCUGCCUGAAAUUUGAAACCAAGGCAAGGAGAAUUGUGAGGCUCUACAUGAGAAUAUGGCCGAUGGCAUUGAAGAUCUUAUUGGGAUCCCAUUCCCAAACCACAGCAGCGAAAUCCUGUGUGGCUUAAACGAACAGCGGCACGAUGGCCUGCUCUGUGACGUCAUCCUCAUUGUCCAGGACCAGGAGUACAGGACCCACAGGUCUGUUCUUGCUGCCUGCAGCAAGUACUUUAAAAAACUCUUCACUACCGGCACUUUAACAGACCAGCCCUAUGUUUACGAGAUUGACUUUGUCAAGCCUGAAGCACUUUCUGCCAUCCUCGAGUUUGCCUACACUUCAACUCUGACCAUCACCACCUCAAACGUCAAGCAUAUCCUUAACGCAGCCAAGAUGCUGGAGAUCCAGUGCAUUAUCAACGUAUGCCUUGAAAUCAUGGAGCCUGACAGAGAGCCGGAAGAGGACGAUGAUAAAGAGGAUGAAGAUGACGAUGAUGAUGAAGAUGAGGAUGAGGAAGAGGAGGAGGAAGAAGAGGAGGAAGAAGGGGAAGAUUUUGUGAAUCAGGAGAACCUCACGGAUGUCCAAGAAGUCAGCUGCCACCAAAGCCCGUCAAAGUCUGAUCUUACCGAAGCAUACACAGAAGCACCUAGUGACUUUCCAAACCAUUACCCAGCCAAUAGCUCAUCUGGACACUUAGGUGUGAUACGAGACUUUUCCAUUGAGUCGUUACUUAGGGAAAACCUGUACCCUAAGGCAAACAUGCCCGACAGGAGGCCAGCUCUAUCUCCUUUUACCCCAGGCUUCUUUCCCCAUUUGUGGAAUGGAGAUUUCAGUCCCUUUCCCCAGCUGGAAGAGCAGCAAGUGGACAACGGCCCUUUGGACCUGGUGAUCAAAAAGAGGAAGAUUAAGGAGGAAGAAGAGAAAGAGGAGCUCCCUCCAGCUCCUUUCCCCAAUGACUUCUUCAGGGAUAUGUUCACCAACAACCCUGGAGGUCCCUUAGGCCACAUUAAAGCAGAGAAUGACUAUAACGCUUAUCUCAACUUUCUAAGUGCCGCCCACUUAGGAGGAGUCUUUCCUCCCUGGCCCCUGGAGGAAGAAAGGAAGAUCAAGCCCAAGGCGUCUCAGCAGUGUCCGAUCUGCAACAAAGUCAUCAUGGGGGCCGGGAAGCUGCCACGGCACAUGAGGACUCACACCGGGGAAAAGCCGUAUAUGUGCAAUAUCUGUGAAGUUCGCUUUACCAGGCAGGACAAGCUAAAAAUCCACAUGCGGAAGCACACGGGGGAGAGGCCGUACCUCUGCAUACACUGCAAUGCCAAAUUCGUGCACAACUACGACCUGAAGAACCACAUGCGCAUUCACACCGGGGUGCGGCCCUACCAGUGCGAGUUCUGCUACAAGAGCUUCACCCGCUCCGACCACCUCCACCGCCACAUCAAGAGGCAGAGCUGCCGGAUAGCCCGGCCCCGGAGGGGACGCAAGCCGGCGGCCUGGAGGGCGGCGAGUUUACUGUUUGCACAGAACAGCCAGCCAGAAGAGAAGGGCUUCAUGAUGCCGCCCACUCUGGAAGAGAUGAGCAGCCAUCUCGGCAGCGCGGCCAUGUGCCUUCCCGGCCCCAGCCCCAAGCACUUUAUGAGCGGGGCCAAGUCUGCUCUCAAUCUGCAAGAGCUGGAGAGCCAGUUUGAAGAAACCCAAAUGAAGCUGUUCGGGAGGACGCACCUGGACAUGGAAAGGAAUGGGGGCAUCUUUGCCUUUGCCCUUGGCCACAACGACAGCCUCUCGGCGCGGCCCUAUUUCCCUCUGCCAGACCCGUGGAGCACAGGAUUUAGUGGCCUGGCUGGCCUAAACCACCUAGCCCCAAUUUCUGAAGCUAGCAACUAAGCCCUUUCCUGUCCAAGCGAUGAGUUUGCUGUAGUCUGCACCGUCCGUAAAGAGCAAACGAUUGCCCUCCACUUCUGAUUCUCACCUGUCUCUCCGCGUCUUGCUCCGAUUGCUCGCCCGCGCCGAUCUAGACUACAUCCCGGGACUUCAGGCAGGUGUGGGGCCCAGAGCCGCGCAUGAGCAGCCUGCGGCCGUUCUUCUGAGUGGGAGAUUGCUGCUGUUGUUCUGUGACAGAUGCUUGUUCAAGGGAACCUGGGUUGGGCUUAUCAGGGACUCCACCACUGCCAUUUCCUCAGACCGCCCUUUUACAGACCAUGCCUAGGGCGCUCGGCUCAGAGUCGGAUGAGGGUGUCACUAGCUGCCGGUGAUCAAGCCCCCCCCACGGAUACAGCGUCUCUUUGGUUAGCAGAAUCCAACACUGAAGAGGUGAGAAAGAUCCAGCUCCAGGGUGGCUGGAUUGCUACCUGCUUCUGAAAAUGUCCCCUGCCCGUGCUUGGAGGUCGUUGUCAUCUCCAUAAGGCACCUUUUCGGAGGGACACUCUCUUUGUUGCCCAUUCACUACGGCAGAUGCUCAGCUGGAGGCUGAUAAACACCGACACAUUUUUUGCCACCUCCACAUUACUUGACCCUUUUGAUCCCAAAGGAUUUUAUUUUAAAUCCUGCAACCAAAUGGUAUUUCUUUCCCCCUAAAAGGCCCUCAAAAUUCCUCUUAGUGCAAAUCAGUGCAGCUUGUACCAGUGAAUAGCACCGAGGAUCCAGUCCAUGUAUUUGUCAGCCGUGGCCAAGAUGACACAUCUGAACCCCUUGUGCUGAUAUCGUGGUGCAUGUGAUAACCUGGGAGCACAAAGGGAAAAGAUUAAAUUUUGCUCAGGAGUAGAGCUGGGUGAAAAAUGAACUUGUGGGUGGCUGUUCUUAGCCAUUCGGGGGGAGAAAAAUCUCUUUGGGAAUGAAAACAAUCAUCAAGAUGUUUAGCCAAUGAAAAGUUUGGGAAAAAAUAAUUGUGGGUGAAUCAAAACAUGUCAUUUUUAACAAAAUGGACUUGUCUGGGGGGGGGGGGGUGUAAAAAGAGAUAUGUUUAAUACACUCUGAGGAAAUCUUAAAUUUGAAAUUAUUUCCACCCAAAAAGGGCCACCUGUUUCAUUGGGAAAAUGGGAGUUUUGAAUUUUCUGGUUUUAUUUUAAAACAAAACACUUGGUGAAACGAUGGUGAAACAAAGACUGAAUCCACACUUUUCGCAGGAAAACAAAGUUCUGGGCAAAUUCUUUUUCACAGCUCUACUCAGGAGAUCCCCCUGUAAAAGAUGAUACUAAAGAGUCCCUAAACCAGCCUGUCAACAGGCUCUAGUAGAAAUCGUAUUUCUUCAGAGUUUGUCAGUUCAGAAGAUGGAGUUUAGCAUACAAAAUAUGAAAUACUCAAGCGAAUGAGGCCAUUGCUAGGAAUACGUGCCCACAUUCCCCUUUUAAGCAGUGGUGAUAACUUCAUUUUAAUAGUCUGAUGACCUGCAGGAAGCUAAUCCAGAGACUGGUUUUAAAUUGAACCAGGACUCAAAAAUGUCAAUGUUAAAGAUGAGGGCAUUCUCUCUCCUUUCUUAUUAUCUUUCCAUUUCAGUAGGAUCAAAGGGAAGAACCGUAGCUUGCUUUUUCAGCAUUCAGUUUAUCCUUGAUGGUGCUGCUUGAGAGUCACGGUUCGGUGAGGGUCUCACUACUGGCGCACUGAUGUUCUUACACUCAUGGGCCAAAAUGAGUACGCUCUUCAAAGUCAUCCUCCCUUUGCAUCCCCUUGUUGGCAAAUACUCCAGACACAAACGAUUCCUCCCUGGUUUGGGAACACGCUGAUCCCGAUGAACUGCUUGAUCCUAUUUUUUUCCCCACCAACCCUCCAAAAAUAAAUCUGCAAAGACUCUGUGCAACAAAGAGGUGGGGAAGGAAAAGAAGACUUUUUAAAACUGCAUCAAACCUUUUUUUUUUUGUACAUGUACCGAGUUCUUAUACCGACCACGUUUUGCAGACAGACGGUUACUUCAGGUGUUCUUUGUCUACGAUUUGGAAGCAUUGUAAAGUAUCCAAAGAUGCUGAGUACUGUAUAAUCUACAAGAACUUGAAGCAAGGUGUUGUUUUUUUGGUUUGGUUUUUUCUUUUUGUUUUGUUUUGGUUUAUUUUUUCCUCCUAUUUAUCCAUUGGGGGGAAAAAAAACUUUGGAAUUUUUCUAUUUAUAACUAUUUUUAUGUGAUUGCUUUCUGUACAAAAAAAAAGACAAAAAAGAGACACACAAAAACAAGUUUGCCUUAGUUAAUCAUGGGACAAUCAUCCUUAACUGUUGUUGAAACUAUAGAUUUGAAGAAAAAACAAAAGACUAGAUACUUUUAUGUAUUUAUUAAACAGUGUUAAUUGAUUCUCUUAAAUUAUUAGUGAGACCUGGUCCUUUUUUGUGUGGCAAACACUAGCUGAAAAAUUGCAGAAGUUUAACUACAUCUGUGUCGGUUUUCAGAAUAUACAAAUUUGGCACUUUCCAAAGGCUUUUUAUAAGAUAAUCACUCCUUAUUUAAUUGUCUCGCUGUAAUCUUUCUGGUAAAGGAAACCAUUUUUAUUAUUCUUCCUAUUAACAAGUUAAGGUUGAUUUUCCCUGAAUGAGCUUUUUUUCUGGUUGUAUGUAGUUGGCUGAUGGCUGAGAUCACUUCAUGGUGAGAGGAAUAUUUCUAACCCUGUUUCUGCCUUGCAGUUUCUUUACAUUUCAAUGUUGUUGCAGUGGUGUCAGGCCACAGGUAUCUUGUACUGGUGCUCAUACGUGUGGGACGUAGGAGGAGCAGCCGUCUCUGCGGUUCUCCGGGCCCCUUCCUGAAUUGAACCGUUUCACCCUACUCACAUCAAUUUUAACACUUAAUGAGCUUUUUUUCAGUUGUUCCCUUAAGAAUUGGAGGUUACUCACAUUGAAACUAGUAUAACCCUCCUCAUUGCGAUGGUUUCAUUCCUGAUUUACGCUGGUUCUAAGCACAGAAUCAGUUCUCCAAGGAAAUUGGGUUUGAUUUGUCUCAGCUACUGGUAUGAUGGCAUCCUCUUCCUCUUCCCAUCAUGAUUAAUUAGGCCUCAAAUUCAGCAGAAACUUAAGCAUGUGCCCAACCUGAAGCUGUUGAAUAGUGCCAUUGAUUUCAGGGACUAUAAAUCUUGCUUCACCUGAGAACUACGUAGCUCUCAAUUUUUCUAAAGAAGUCCAGAGGCUGGGGAAGUGGGACCAAGUCAUUAAAGAAUCAAAGCUCAGUUUAAUGUUCCUCAUAAAAGUACUAAGUAGAAACGAGGCAGGAAACCACAUGUUAUUCGCUCCCGCUGGUUGGGCCCCAUGUAAUUCACUUUGAGAUCCCAGAUGUUUUGAGUAGUCAGAUAUUCAGCUAAUCACAUCAAAUGCUAAGCCCUGCUUUUGGCAUAAUAACAAGCUUCACAGCUGGCUUCAGGUAGCUAUAAACUGAGAGGGAACAAGCAAAGUAAUGCGGUUAUAUUGUCUGUUAUGGCGACCGUGAUAUCCUGUAAGGUACGGACAAACCACAUGCACACGGCUCGUUGGCACUGUGUUGGAGGUCUUGAAGGGCACGUGGCAAUUGUACCCGAAGGCAUGCAGGGUGAGAGGACGUCCUUCUGAAACUCUGGCCCUGUAAACGUUAAGGGACAUCACUGCAAAGGGCUGAGUGCCCUCCUGCUGUCCGGCUCACAAACCAUAGGGAAGAGCAAAACGAUGCCCCCUUCUUUCCCUUCCCGUCAUGCACCAAAUGCAAAUGACCUUCAAAGUGCUUCAUUGGGUACCAAGGUAAUAAAAUCUUCACGCAUACCUAAGUGGCUUAGGAGCCUCAGUCCCAUUGACUGCAUGGGAGAGUUAGGCUCCCAAGGUAUAUCUGUGCUGGCUUGUGCCAGCUCUGGACCAAAAAAAUAACCUCCACCCACUGCCUGGACAAACCUGGACACGUGGCAGUGAGGGCAUUCCAGCAAUGCCCCCCUUCCCCCUCCCUGAGGUAUGUUGGACCAAAUUGCCCAUCCCUGCUCCCAGGAAGGGCAAGCAAACUUCAGGCUUCACCCCAUCUAGCAAUGUAUUCAAGUAUCUCUGUCUGCCUCUCUUCCCAGUCCCAUGCCCCUGACCUUAUAGCUUGUGCUGGACUCACGCGGCUGCUCCCUGGAUCAGCCUGGAGACAGCCGAAUGAUAACCACAGAGGGGGCUCGGAGCAGAUACUGCCUUGCACCGAAUUCUCCCUUGCCGCCAAACACCUCCGAAGCCGCCGCUCUGCAGAGCACCCCCUUGCUCUGCAGGCAAGAGGAGAUCAGCGCAUGGAGGAACCUCUCCACACGCAGGCCUCCAUCCAGCCCCUGGCUUUGAAGCAGCGCCUCAGCUGCACGGUGAACUCCUGUGGCUCCCCUGUCAUGUUCCAUUAGCUCUUGAUUUAAAGAUCCCUAGCUCCAUUUGAUUUUAUAGGCUUGAUUCAAUUCCCCUGGGAAGGAGCGUUUGCGCAGCUGAUGUGGCCUCGGCAGCGUGACGCCACCAAAAUCGAAUUCCCAAAGCAAACAAGCCAAAACCAUUGCUUGCUUUCUUCUUUCCCACCUCAACGUAGCAGGAUGAGAAAUGUCCCUGGUAUUUGGCUCCGUGUGUUUCUAUUGCAGGGAAAUGACCUGGCCAGCCCUUGACUUCAUGUCCAGUCUCGUGACGUUUCGUGGUUUCUUCUUGUGUCUCUGGCUCUGGCAGCAAAGCAAUGAGGGGGCAAAUCUUGGCUCUUUGUAAGUGAGCGUCUGUUCUUCAGAAGUUAGCUAGGCCAAGACUGGCGUGCAUGGGGGUGAGAAGCCAGAUAAAAAAGAACGCUCCCUCCCCCCCGCCCAAAGACUAUUUGUGUUUAAAUCACAUGAUUUUUAAAUCAAGCGUGUCAUUUUGGGCAGGGCUGGCUUGGAUCUGAGGCUAGGACCGUGGUGGGGGGAACUAUUUUGGGAGUAUUUCCACAUCCCCUUUCACGUUGUGAGCCUACCACGUGAGCGACAGGCUACUCACUUGUUGGGGAGUAACACUGAUUAUAAAUGCAACGGAGAGGGUCGGAUUGAAAGUCUUGAAGUACCUGGCUCCUGUCGAAUUCAGUCCCUUUGAAACUCUGUGUCUAAGUGUCCUGAAGAUUUGAAUUGUUCAGCCUGGAUGAAAUAUGAAUGGCUUAAACAUGAAUAAUUUCAUGAUGAGAGGAGGUGGCAGGAGUAACCCAAGAGGGAAAAUGAUGCUAUUUACCCUGAAGUCACUAUAUAAAAAUUGUUUGUCCACCGUCCAGAUGGUCUUGAGCCACUUAGGCAAAACACCCACUGAAAUCCAUCAGUGCAUUGUUGCUAUCAGUUAUAUUGCCUGUUACGGCAACCGUGGUAUCCUGUAAGCUAGUGACAAGCCACACACACAAGGCCUCAGUGGUCGUAAAACCUUCUACCUGCUUCUUCCCAGCUAAGUUUGUGUCUGGUGGAGGGGGGAGCAGGAGCUACAGGCUUGAUGUCCCUGCAUGCAAAUAGAGACAGGCAAAAAAUGGGAGAUGUUGCUCUGCUCACAGUGGCCAGAACAACCCACCCCACAGGAAGGACUGAAGCUGAUCUUCUACUUGCAGUGCCAGUCCCUGAAGUCUGGGGAUUACACAGAAAUCUCACCUUUCAUUUGUUUUAAACAAAAAGUUUCCAGCCCUCAUGGUUGCAAAGAAGAGCUGGAGGCCAGGAGCUGUACACUACCAAACCCAUGAGUAUAUAACAAGAACCCAACUUCUUUGUUUUCUACAUCUGCGAUCUUGGGCAGCCUGGGUCAUUUAGGAAUGGAAAUACUAAGCAACUGGCACAUCCUGCGCCUGGGCACAGAGUUGGAUCAGAUGACCCCUGAGUCCCUUCCAACACUAGGAUGUUACUCCAGCUCCAGAACCAGCAGUGCCUUUCUGACUGUCUAGGCCUAUCUGCUCCAAUGCUUUUUCAAGCUUUGCUUCCAAGGGAGAACAACUCCCUGGUAGGGAUCUGGAAUGAGAAGGAUCAUAAUUCAGGAACUAACCUGCUGACAGGACAAGAUGGCAUAAUUGCCACAGCAGCGCUGAACCCAGGCUGCUACCCACUGCCCAAGAGGGCUGGAAACAUUAGUUAAGCUAAGCUAACCCUACUACCUUGUUCUCUCAUGCCCUUUCCCCGUCUUGUACCAUCAAUCCACCUCUUAUGUAGCUCCCUGAAAGCAUAGUAUGAAAUACCUGCGGCCUGCAAAUGCCUUUUCAGUUGUUUUUAUGUGUUGAACCAAUGUUUUACUUGACUUGCACUAAUUGCUGUAGAGCAGUAUAUUGUUAGAUUUCUUUGUUUUGAUUUAUUGUUUUGGUUGCAAUUCCUGUUGGCUAACGAGAUGGCAGUCCUAUAAACAUAUCUGUUGCACAUUUUACACCCAUGGACAAAAUAAAAUCUUACCUGAAGCAA